AGGGGGAUAACCAACAUAACAAGUCAAAACAAAAAUAAUCAUCAAACACACCUUCCAAAACAAUAUUAGCAAGAAGACCAGAUGCUGUCUGAAUACAGAUAAUUACAUAAUUCUGUUGGAUACUUAACUAGUUUAUCAUUUUAUUAGACGACGGCCACGAUGGCAGGAGAUGAGCCGGACAAGUUGCGACCGAACAUUCGAGUGCAAAUCCUCAAUAAUUUAGCCGAAAGAAUGGACGUGGACGAGGAAGAUGAGAACGAAGAGGGUGAAAUUUCCGAUAACGACAACGAUGAGGGCCAAACGGCACAACCACCAACAAGUGCUGCAAAUGAAAACUCAGAGAUGUGGACGAACACCAAAGCGGCAUUCACUACAGGAAUAAAUAUUUUCGGCAAACAGGAACAAGAGAAGUUGCAGGAACGCGCAAAAAGAUUUGCUCUUCGGCCUGAGGAGAUAAAUUCGUUCACGGACGCGGAUCUCCAACAGCUACACUACACUUUGGGCAUAACAGCUGAGAAUGAGUCUAACGUUCGUUUUGAUGCUGUACAUUUACUUGGGCUACAAGACAUGACCCCCGAAGAUGUUCUGGACUAUUUUGGGAAAUAUGCACCAAGUUCUAUUGAGUGGGUGUCCAUGGAGAGUUGUAAUGUUAUUUGGCUUGAUAAAAUCUCAGCAGCCAGAGCGAUGUUUUACUGUUCAAAAGUAGUUAAAGGCAUGCCAGUGAGGGCGGCGUUUCCAAAGGAUGUAGACAUGUUGGAUGAUGACGAAGGGGAUGACAUGGCUGUGGGUUUAAUAACCAACAAAAAUAGAGAAGUGACUUUGAAAGAGGAUGAGGAUAUUCAGAGCAAGAUUGAUUUUAGAAAUGCAGCACAAAUAGAGGACAUAACUAUACCAAUACCACCUGGUUAUUGGAGACUUGGAAACACUCAUGAAAAAUCCAAAUGUAUCCUUUUACGGUAUGCUUUCAAAACUGACAAACAACCGUACAAAAUUGAAAGUUUAGCAAAAUAUUACAAGAAACUGGGCAGUCAACUACUUAAAAAGAAGGAAAGCAAAGGAAUAUUUGACAGAAAUAAAGAUUUGAGUAACAAGGACAAAAAUCCUUGGGGAGUUCUUGCCAGAAACUGGGAUGAAGAUUCAAUGUUUCGCGAAAGGGAACCAAUUAUGCCUGAGGAGGUAGUUUCUCCCGUGAAAAUUAAGAAUCCAAGUAUCCUCGUAAGAUUGGGUAAAAAAACUGAAGUUCCUGAUGAAAAACUGUCUUCUGAAGAAAGUUCAGAUGAUGAUGAUGAAGAGGCAGAUGAAAAGAAAUCGAAGUCAAAAAUACCAAGGAUGAGAAUGUAUGCAGAUGAGGAGGAAGCUAAAAUGAAAAGGAAAAAGGUAAUACAAACAUUGAAGAAGCAAACAGAAAAGUUGGAGGAAGACACAAAAGAUUUGAGAAAUGUUCUUGGUGUCACCCACAGGAGGAUGCCUGUGAUGGAUAUGGUUUCUCAGACAGGAGAGCAUGAACAGAGUGAUCUUGGUUUAAGAUUAAAAAACAGAAAUAAACAAAUGGUGUUCGCAGUCGACCGCACUGACUUUGAAUUGGAUCAAAGUACACACCGAAAUGAGCCUAGAUCAGAUGCCAGAUCAUUUUUGGAUAGGAGACGAAAGGGUGCUGUAUCUCCGCGGAGAUCCAGGCUGAGGUCGCCUGAAUUUAAACGGGCACCGUUAAGAAGGAAAUCCCCUUACAGAUCCUACAGAUCCAGAACGCGCAGCAGAAGUCCGGAUUUUCGUAGGAGGAGGAACAUUUCGGAAGAAAAAGACACAGAUAAUCACCACAGCGAGUAUCCGAGAAGUAAAGUGGCGGUGGUAAUUAAAACGCAAAAGAAACCAGCUGUGGCUUCUACAGUUUGGUCCAGGGUGAAACGUCCAGAGAAGAUAAGCGAGUCAAGCCAGUCUGAUGAAGAAUCUUCUGAGUCAGAGGAAAGUUCUUCUAGUGAAUCUUCCAAGGGAGAGGAUAUUUAUGUAAAACCCAGAGGGAUGAGAUCUCUUAAAAGGCCUGGUUUUAAUCAAAGCGUGAAAAGUAGGUUAAGCAACAAAAUUGAUCAUAAGAAUCCAUUGAAAAUUGAAAUUGCCAAUGAUAUAUUUUAGCACAGAAUUAUUUGCUAUAUUUUAAGUUUAAAUUUGUUUGACAGCUUCUCUGUAUAUAGAGAGAUUUUGAUAUGAAUAUUUUUUAUAUAAUGCAUCAACUGUUUUACUACUAUUCUGUAAGUUAAUGUGUAUGUAUAUGAAUUAAAUUAUUUCAUAUUA